AUGCGGGUACACUAUUACCAGGCCAAGGAACAGCUCGUGACAGCAUUCCGCAAAAAUCAUCAGCCUCCAGAGAGAUUCUCACACAUUCAACUGUACGCGGACCUCUCUCAGUACACCAUGCAGAAACGCAAAUCAAUGCUGUCUGUGACGAAGCUGUCCCGCUAUGUAAAAGAAGUACUGUACACUGAUCCUAAUGGCAAGAUAAUGUUUUUUAAUGAUAAAGGAGAACUGCCCAUCCCACUGGACAUUGUAAAUUGGAUUACAAGAAUUACAGAUACAAAUGACACCGAUUGGAGGCACGUGGGCCACUUUGAUGGGUCCCUUUCAGAGGGUCUGCAGCUUGCACUACAACCAGAGCGAAUAUCAUGGAAAGGAGACAAGGUCCCAAGGGGUCGAUGCUCCGAGGAAUGUCUUCCGGGGUUCAGAAAAUCUGUAAGAGAAGGAUAUCACCCAUGUUGUUAUAAUUGUGCUCCGUGUUCAGAAGGAGAAAUAUCAAACCAACCUGACAGUGAACUCUGCAAGAAGUGUCCUGAAAAUGAAUGGCCUAACAAAGCUAAAACUAUUUGUAGUGACAAGGUCAAUGAGUAUUUAUCAUACGAGGAGGACAUUCUAGUUUUAUUUUUUUCUAUAACUUCAGUCAUAUUUGCUACAACAUCUCUCCUUAUACUUGGACUAUUUGUUUGGUUUCGGAGCACUCCCAUAGUCAGAGCCAAUAACCGGAACCUCAGCUUCAUUCUGCUCCUCUCCCUCAUACUGAGCUUCCUUUCUGUAUUCCUGUUCCUUGGCCGUCCUGUGGAUAUUACCUGUAUGCUGCAACAAGUCACUUUUGGAAUUCCCUUCACCAUCUCAGCUUCUUCUAUCCUCGCCAAAACCAUCAUGGUCUUCAUUGCUUUUAAAGCCACCAGACCUGGAAGCUCUUGUAGAAAAUGGGUGGGAGUCAAACUUCCCAAUACAGUCAUGUUAUUCUGCUCAUCCAUUCAGGUUAUGAAUUGCAUUCUCUGGUUGUCCAUCUCUCCACCAUUUCAGGAGUAUGACAUGGACUCCUAUCCUGGGAAGAUCAUCAUUCAGUGUAAUGAAGGGUCAGUUAUCGGCUUCUACUCUAUGUUGGGUUAUAUGGGGUUUCUGGCAGCUGUGAGUUUUCUUCUGGCUUUCAUGGUGAGGACAUUACCGGACAGUUUUAAUGAGGCCAAGUACAUCACCUUCAGCAUGCUGGUGUUCUGCAGUGUCUGGAUUGCCAUGAUCCCGGCCUAUCUGAGCACCAGAGGGAAAUACAUGGUGGCUGUGGAGAUAUUCGCCAUACUGACCUCCAGUGCUGGAAUAUUAUUGUGUAUGUUUUCUCCAAAACUCUACAUUUUACUUUUAAAACCUGAACUGAACACAAGAGGGACAAUGCUUGGGAAGAGAAUGGUGUAA